GGGACGCUGGCGUAGUCCGCUGGGGUCUGGCUACACAGCAGCAACCGCGCCUGGCAGCUCGUUGACGGAUGGAGCUGCGAGUUGAGCCUGUGCCAGCCGCGCUGAAGAUGCCUGAUAAAAGUGAGGGUCGCGAAGGCGAGCUCACCGAAGAAGAAUACGAAAGCUUACCUGCCAGCGCAUCGCCAGCAACGCACAUGACAGCUGGAGCAGUGGCUGGUGUACUAGAGCACGCGGUCAUGUUCCCGGUGGAUUCUGUAAAGACCAGAAUGCAGAGUCUACAACCAGAUCCUAAAGCAAGAUACCAGAGUGUGUACCAAGGUCUUAGUCGAAUCAUUCGCACAGAAGGAAUCAUGAGACCAAUGCGUGGGAUUGGCAUCACUAUGGCAGGUGCAGGCCCUGCACAUGCAUUAUACUUUGCUGGCUAUGAAAAGCUCAAGUGGAAGCUUAGCAACAUCAUUCAUCCUGGUAGCAACAGUCAUAUUGCAAAUGGAAUUGCUGGAAGCAUAGCCACCUUGCUUCAUGACGCUGUAAUGAAUCCUGUUGAAGUGGUAAAGCAGAGGAUGCAGAUGUACAACUCUCCAUACAAAGGUGCAUGGGACUGCAUUCAAACAGUGCGGAGGACAGAAGGAGUGGCUGCCUUCUACCGCAGUUACACCACCCAGCUGACAAUGAAUAUUCCAUUCCAGGCCAUGCAUUUCAUUAGCUAUGAAUUUAUGCAAGAGCAGCUCAAUCCUCGACGGCAGUACCAGCCUCACACCCAUAUAAUCUCGGGGGCAGUGGCAGGAGCUGUUGCAGCAGCAGUAACCACACCUUUGGAUGUUUGCAAAACAUUACUUAACACACAGGAGAAUGUGGCUCUAACCUCCAUCAACAUUAGCGGGCACCUUUCUGGCAUGGCUAAUGCCUUUAGGACAGUUUAUCAAAUAGGUGGUGUCCCAGCAUUCUUCAAAGGUAUGCAGGCUCGUAUCAUAUACCAGAUGCCAUCUACUGCCAUCUCUUGGUCGGUCUAUGAGUUCUUCAAAUACUUCCUUACCAAACGUAAAAAUGAAAAGAGUGGCACUUCUAUUUGAGCACCUUUUGAGGAACACUUGAAACUAUUAACAGCACUCCUUAGACACAUUUUUUAUUCAAGAUUCCAAUGGGAGCUACUGUGAAGCUUUAUUUCUGAUUCUUUCUUACACGUCUAUGCAUUCUUUUAACACAAGAAACAAGGUUGUCUUGUGAAGAUGAUGGUAGUUUUUAUGCACUUUGUGGUGCAUAAUGUAAAAGUAGGAGACCUGUGGUGUUAACACUACUGUGAAUGAUACUGACUGCCUUUAACUUUCAGAAAAUGACUUAAAACUGUGUUACUGUAUGUGCUGCUGUGGAAAGUAACACCAAAAGUUAAAUGCCUUUGAGAACAUUUGGGAUGUUUACAUGGAGAUGUACUGCUAAUAUUAUUUUGCUACUCGCUAGUGUUUUCCCAUAUAAUUAAUGCCAAAUUUUCAUUUUGGUUUUUAUAAUUGCUUUUGUAAUGGAGGUGAAGAAUGAGGAAGUAUAUACAACUAGAAAGAUGUGCUCAGGUAUAAAACAUGUAUCUACUACAAAAACUUUCACAGCACUAUAUACCUAACAGCUAGUAAGCUUUCUGAGAGGGAAGUACAUUACACAAGUUUACAAGUCUUUAUUCUGUUUAAAACUACACAUAUUACAUAAUGUUUUUAUUUUUUUUUUAUUUGUAGUAUCAGUAGUUAGGUAUAAGUCUGCACAAGAAUAAUUAUGUUAGUAGAUGUAGAGAUUUUUUUAUUGUUUCAGAAAUGUAUCUUUUAUAUUUCAAUACAUUGCCUUCACCAUGUCUGAUAUUUGUUACUAUGGCAAUGUAUUUUCUUAUAAAUAUAAAUUUAAAAAUAUAAAUAUUUUUAUUGUAAUUAACAGCCAUUAAUAAUGACAAUCUUAUGCGUUUACCUCACAACAUUUAUCCAGUUUUCUUUAUUAUGGAUUAAAGUGAACAUCUGUAAAGAGGGCAGGGGAAUUUGUUUGUCUUACAUGUAGGUCACUCACAUUUUAUACAAAAACAUCACCCCUUUGCCCCCAAUUCAAUUUCUGCUUUAAAGUGCCGAAGAAUAAAUUAGACUUUGUUAAUAAUGACUAUGGCCUGAUUCAGUCUUGAGGAUGUCAACUACUUUUUUUUUUUUUUUUUUUUAAUAUAAGAAGCUCUUAUUGAGCUCUUGGAAAAAAUACAAAUGCUCAAUUAGACAAAGUAUACCUUUUGCACUGUCAGUGGGUCACUAAGCUACCUUUAAAUAAAAAAAGAAAAACUCCACAAAGUCAUCUGCAGUAUUUAAAAAUAUGACUCAACCAUGUUUUCGGUAGAAUUUUUCUUCAAUUUUUUUAUUCAAAGGUAGAUUGCACUUACAUAGGUUUGCUGUUGUUCAAAGGUGUUUUUAAAGGCUAUUAUUUAAAUAGCCUAUUGUAUUUCUCUCUGACAGUGAAUGUAUCAAAUCUAUUUGCAUAAACAAUAGCUGUUGAAAUGUUUGUUUCUGCUUGACAUAAGAAUAGUUUACAUGAGAGCUUGAUAUAAUAGUAACUUUUUGUCCAGUAAUGAAUGUUUGCUUAUUCUCAUUAAACCAGUACAGACAUCAGAACAAAAAUUUAUUUGUUUCUUUGUAUAGCCAGCUUUUCAGGUGAUGGUGUUAAGUAGAGAGGUUACAGUCAUACCAGUAUGCGUAUCUGUGUGAGAACUGUGAGAAAUGUUAAUUCUUUUUCUGCAGCAGGGAAUGUGCACAUUUUGAGUUCUCUCUCCUUUUCUCUUUUUGUUUUCUCAAAGAUAUAAAACAAUGCAUGUCAUUUUCUGAACUUUACUGUUUUUAGAUAGUGGACAUGUGCUUGUCAUGCCUAUAAAUUUUUAUGACUCCGUCAGCAAAAGACUUUGUUAAAGUAUAAAAAUCAAUUCUGAAAUGCCCUUGGUAAUUUGCAUGUAAAGAAUAACAGAUCAGAAUUUGGAAUAAACACACGUAGUAUAUUGUUCAAAAUUGAACCAACUUUUAUUGAAUUUUUAUUACAUUUUUUUUUAUUGAAUUUCUCCUAAUUUACUUUUGGAAGUGUAACUUAAACUGUUGUUUACAAAUACAAGACCACUAUUUUAUGUAAAAAAAACUCACAGUAACAGUGUUUCUCUAAGUGUCCAUUCUUUAAAUGUGUGCAUUAACAAGUAGAUUCUCCUGUGUUAAAUGGCCUUCACCACGUUGUUCUAUUCCUGGUCUAUACUGGAUCAGCUCUCAUAUGAACUUUUAGUAAUGCAGUUUUAUGCAUAAAAAGCAUUAAAUGGGAAACUGAACUCAUGCAAAAAAGAGGUGAAUAGUAAUUAGCCUUGUCAUUGUCAAAUGCAAAAGGCUUUAUACAAACGUGUCAGUUGAUUCUAAUAAAUUAUAUUUAGCAA